AUGGCUGCUGCCGCUGCUACUCCUCCUCCUCCUUCCCCUGCCCCCACAACAAGCACAGCCACAGAUGGCGCACCUGUAACGCGCCUGCCGUCGUACUUUCCCACAACUGUCAAACAAUGCACCGCGCCGACAGAUCUCUUCUUUGCGUGCUUCGAGCAGUACGCCGUGAUGCAGAGCCCAACCGACACGACCAGUGCGAAGCGGGCACUUCUGCUCUGCCAGCCGCAGCUGCGUGGUUACAUGACGUGCAUGGAAAAGCACCUCGCUGCAGAGAAUACGAAGGCAUGGUGGAAGUUCUGGUAA